CCUUCACACCCCCAGACAAAACCGGAUGGACGGUCGCCAUCUUUGAACGCAGGAGGCGUGUGCACCGUCAAACACCGGUCCUCGAACCUGCUGCACAAAGUUAACCGAAUCUAGAGAUAGCGGUACAGAACCCGCUCUGUACCGAGCAUGGCGAACCGGAACAUGCAACAAGCGAACAUGCAGACUAGUAAUUCUCCUCAACCGGUGAGGCGAGGGACCGACUCCCCGGCUCCGGAGCUGACACCGGGGAACAAAGACAGCCCGGGUCCGCCGCAGCAGCAGCAGUCCCCCGCCGACGAACAAGCGGAAGGAGCCGGGGAAGGGAGCGAAGAAGGCCCGGAAGAAAUGACUCUGGAUAUCACCAGCUUUCGGAAGCCCGGUGAGAAGACGUUCACCCAGCGCUCACGGCUCUUUGUCGGUAAUCUCCCGGUGGAUAUCCCGGAGGAAGAGUUCAAAAACAUGUUUGCUAAAUAUGGGAAUAUUAACGAGGUUUUCAUCAACAGAGAGCGGGGCUUCGGCUUCAUUCGCCUGGAAACCCGGACACUGGCAGAGAUUGCUAAAGCUGAGCUGGAUGGCACUAUUCUGAACAAUCGACCAAUCAGGAUCCGAUUUGCAACACACGGUGCUGCGCUGGCAGUGCGUAACCUGCUGCCUGUAGUAACAAACGAGCUGCUGGAACAGGCGUUUUCUCAGUUUGGGCCGGUGGAACGAGCUAUAGUGGUGACUGAUGACCGUGGUCGUCCCACUGGGAGAGGCAUUGUGGAGUUUGCAAACAAAGCAGCUGCACGUAAAGCCCUGGAGCGCUGCACAGAGGGAGCGCUGCUGCUGACCACCACACCAUGUCCAGCCAUUGUCGAGCCUUCAGAGCACUUUGAUGAUGAGGACGGACUCCCUGAAAAACUACUGCAGAAGAUUCCAAAGUACUAUAAGGAACGAGAGCAAAUGCCACAUUUUGCUCAGCCGGGCACGUUUGAGUUUGAGUACUCGUCUCGCUGGAAAGCUCUUCAUGAGAUGGAGAAACAGCAGAGAGAGCAGGUGGGCAAGAACAUUAAAGAGGCCAAAGAGAAACUGGAGGCUGAGCUGGAGUCAGCGAAACAUGAACAUCAGCUCAUGUUAAUGAGACAAGAUCUAAUGAGACGUCAGGAGGAGCUGAGGAGGCUGGAGGAGCUCCGCAACCAGGAGCUGCAGAGGCGAAAGCAGAUAGAGAUGAGGUGUGUUUCCUCUCUUGAGCAAAUCAUCAGGACAGAGCAUGAAGAGGAGCGGAGGAGGAGAGAGGAAGAGAUGAUGAGACACAGAGAACAGGAGGACCUGAGACGCCACCCAGAUGGCUUCAAACCAAACUACCUGGAUAAUAGAGAACAGGAAAUGAGAGUGGGUGAGCUGGGCCCUCGUGGAGCCAUUAAUAUGGGAGAUGGCUAUAACCAGGCCUCUCCGGGGCCCGGUGGUAACCAGGGUCAAAUGAUGGGCAUGAGUGGAAGGGGAGGAGCCAUUGGCCCAGAGGGAGCUACAAAUAUGGGGACACCAUUGAUGUCAGAGAAUGGAGCCAUGCGAAGCGAUAGAUACUCGCAGGGUGGGACAAUGGGGGGCCGACCAGAGGUUGAGUCCCCAAAGCAACAGCAACAACAGCAGCAACAGCAACAGCAGCAGCAGCAGCAGCAACAACAGCAGCAGCAGCAACAGCAGCCAUUGGGCCCCCAAGUUGGAGCAGCCCCAGGAUUUGGCAGGGGGAACCCAGUAGGGGGGGUCUUUGAUGGGCCAAAUAACAAGCGCCGCAGAUACUAACUUGGUUCAGUUCUCAUGGAUCUUUGUUACCGUCCCAUCCCGAUAUCGACUUUUUCUGUUUUCCGCGAUUCACCUCCCUGCCAUGAUGUGGAUACCUUUUGCUGAAAGAAAAUCAGAUUUCUUUUGUCGGUUUUGUACAUAGAUAAAACUCUUUUUUUCCCCUGUAUCUCAAGUUGUCACUGAGGGAUUUACUUGUGACAAAACUACAGGAUAAAGCUUUGUAUGUACACUUGUAAUGUUUAUACAUCAUAGUUUUCACCACGUAUGUUCCUCCUCUAUGUUGUCUGAAUGAAACAGUAUCUUUUUUUUGGUGUGUGUGCUGAAGUUUCAUAGCAUUUUCGAGAAAGGCCUUUUUGGUUAGACAGCUUUGCAGUUGUUCUGCCUGCUGUGGUCUUGGAUACACUUUAUUAAACUGCUCUAUAAAAAAGAUAAAUUAUAUUGGAUGGUGAUUAGAGUGAAAACACGAUUGCGGAUCUCUCAAACUGAAAAGUGUCACACCAAAAACGAGAAAAGUUCCUGUAAGUAAACAAUCUAAUAUCUACAUUCAGUCAUACAUUCCUCCGUUUGUAGAUAUUUUUGUCCUCUCCUUUUAAACACUGUUACUGAAACUAAUUCCAUGUUCAAACAUGUAGUGAAUGUUUUUGCAGCUUUGGAGCAUCCUGUAUUUGAUGAUUAAGAGAAAUAAAACUUUUGUAGGAA